AUGUUUUUUAUAUUACACAACGUAACACAACUCAUACUGAUCAAAGGCGUCAGUUUUACAGACGUUAAAAAGGAGCGCGAAAUGGUGAAGUGGGAACACAUGAAGGCAAUGGACUACUUGCGUGAACCAUCUACAAAAUCUGGAGGCAAAAGAGGCGGCGCAGAGUCGAGGUCGGUGGUAAAUCGAGGAGGAGGUGCAGGACCAGGCCAGGGUCCUGUGAUGGAUCUGAAGAGUGAGAUGUUUAGCGUUACUGAGGUGGGUCACACUUCUAUUGGGCGUCACGACCACCGUGUCUUCAUACGGUCAAGAAGACUAUUCGGCUUUAUCUUACCCCUUUUAUGUACUCAUAACUAA